CUCAGAUGCCCAACCACUCCACAGCCAGGCCCUAGGCUAGGUUUGGCGGAUCUGAUUGGCUGGCGCGGCGUAGGAAGGUUACGUGAAAACGCACGCGACACCUGGCGCCUAAUGCCUGCAGCAACGCCCCGACCAGAACCCGAACUCUCUUCCUCAGACUUCCUCUUCAACCACAUAGGGCAAAAGUCUUCGAAUAUCCCCAUUCCCCCUGACAAUGACAGACGUAAUGAUAUACCCUCUGGAAAUAGAGACGUCGGUCAAUAUAUGCAACUCAAUUGACUGGCCCGGAGCCAUCGGAGUCUAAAGCGCGUCCUCCUCACCACAGGCGCAAAACAAUACGGCGUCCAUCUUGGCCCCGUCAAAUGCCCCAUGCAAGAAGACGACCCCUGGAUCGAAGGCAAGGGCCGCCCUCCGAACUUCUACUAUACGCAACAGCGGAUCUUACACUCUGCUGCAGAGAAGGAGGGGUGGGAGUGGGUGGUCACGUAUCCGAAUGAUGUGAUCGGUGUCGCGCGGGGCAAUUUCAUGAAUCUGAGCACCUCACUUGGAAUUUAUGCUGCAGUGAGCAAAGAGCUGAAUAACGGGGAGUUGGAAUUUCCCGGUUCAGAGACAUUCUACAAUAUGUUUGAUUGCUUUACAUCUUCUCGACUUCAUGCUGCGUUUAAUCUCUGGGCGGCGCUGGAGCCGGGGUGUCGGAAUCAGGCGUUUAAUGUGGUGAACGGGGAUGCGGAGACGUGGGCAAAUUUGUGGCCGAAGGUGGCGAGGAGGUUUGGGUGUAAGGUGCCUGCGAGGCAGUUUGAGAGAGAGACUCCGGAUGCGAGUGAGAUGAAGCUCGCGGAAGUGCCGCCCUUUGAGGACUUGGCUGCUGUGAAUGGGAUGAAGGGAAAGGUUCCGCAGGGAAAGGUUUCCCAGCGGAUUGAUCUGGUGAGGUGGUGUCAGAAGAAAGACGUGAAGGAUGCGUGGGCUAAGAUUGCGGAGAGAGAGGGUGUUGAGAAGGGUGCGUUGGAGAAGGCUACUUGGGGAUUCUUGGGGUUCGUGCUUGGGAGGGAGUACAAUAUCGUUAUCAGCAUGUCGAAGGCGAGGAAGUUUGGCUGGACUGGGUAUGUUGAUACCUGGGAGUCUUUUGAGGAGACUUUUGAUGAGUUGGAGAAGGAGAAGGUUAUACCUGAAGCUAAGUAACUUGAUCAAAAGUUUGAUUUAUACAUGGAAAAGUUGGCGUGGCAUUGAAUAAAAAGGUUCGUCAUCCCAAUUUACGAUAUUUCGCGUUUUGUUUGGCGUUAUGAAGCAGGCCUCCCCCUGUUCCCCCGCAUUGACCAUCCCCGCAUCUUCUUCCCUUUCCUCUCUUGCACGACGAUAAUCAGGUCAAACUAAGCGUGAUGUAUGCAAUUAUGUAAUUCUAUAUUCGUAUACGUGAAAGCUAGACAUACCGGAGUAACUCUGUAGAAGGGCUUUUUUUUUUUAAUUAACUUUUUCCUCUUUUAUUAUUUUUCCUUAUAUAUUGUCACGAG